AUGGGUGCAUCAGGCUUAGGUUCUGCUUUAGCAAAUUGCAUUAAUCUCUCAAAUUUGACACUUAAUAUUCGUGCCAAUUAAAUUGGUGAUGAAGGUGCAUCAGGCUUAGGUUCUGCUUUAGCAAAUUGCAUUAAUCUCUCAAAUUUGACACUUAAUCUUGGUUACAAUUAAAUUGGUGAUGAAGGUGCAUCAGGCUUAGGUUCUGCUUUAGCAAAUUGCAUUAAUCUCUCAAAUUUGACACUUAAUCUUCGUUACAAUUAAAUUGGUGCAAUGAAGGUGCAUCAGGCUUAGGUUCUGCUUUAGCAAAUUGCAUUAAUCUCUCAAAUUUGA